AUGUCCUCGCCUUCUUCUUGGCCUUCCAAGUAUUGUUCUCGUCCCACCACCAGCACCGCCGCCACCACCACCAAGAAGAACUAUGGCUCAACUACUCGUACUACUACGAAGGAUGUCGCAACAGCAACAGCAACAGCAACAGCAACAGCAACAACAACAACAACAACAACAACUUCGUCCUCAACACAACAAGAACAACAUCAUCAUGAAGAACAACAGCACCAUGAACAUUCGUCAUAUUCCUCUUCGUCAUCAUCACCUGGAUCAUCUUUGCACAGCAAUCCCACCAAAAAAUCAUCAUCGUCUUCUUCAUCCAUGCACGAAACCAUAAAGACUCUGGCGGGCGUCGCUGGUAACGUAUUGGAAUGGUACGACUUUGCCGUCUUUGGGUAUUUUUCUGAUAUUCUCGGAAAGGUGUUCUUUCCACCCCAUCAAGCUGAAAAUGUUGCAUUGAUGGAAGCCUUUGCCGUCUUUGGUGGUGCUUUUGUCAUGCGACCGCUCGGCGGUAUUUUGAUGGGACACUUGGGAGAUCUAUAUGGAAGUAAAACGGCACUACAAGGAAGCAUCUUUCUCAUGGCGGUUCCGACCUUUGCCAUGGGAUGUCUUCCGACCUAUGCCCAAGUGGGUGCCUGGUCUUAUACAUUAUUGAUUCUAGUACGAUUGCUACAAGGCUUGUCUGUGGGCGGACAAUUGAUGAGCUCACUAGUCUUUACGUUGGAAGGAAAACCGAAGAAGCAUUGGGGAUUGUACGGAUCCUACGUCAUGGCCACGGCCAAUUUUGGUACCCUGUUGGGAGGUUUGGUUGGAUACUUGAUUCGAUCAAACUUGACAGAGGAACAACUGUUGCAAUAUGGCUGGAGAAUUCCAUUCUUGUCGGGCAUCUUGGUCAGUGUCUGUGGAUUGUAUUUAAAGUUUUAUUGUGACGGGGAUGAUGAAGAUGAUGCUACCUUUCAUCAUCAUGCAGCCACCACCAAACGAACAAGUCCACUUCGACUCGCCUUGAGACCCGAGAGUCGGCGACAGCUACUGGCAGCCUGCCUCGUUCCCAUGCUAUACAGUGGUGGAUUUUACUUGUGCUUUGUAUGGAUGGCCAUUUUCAUGGCAGAUCUCAUUCCAUCGGAUCCUUUUACGACGCAACAAGCCUUUGGGAUCAACUCUCUAUCGCUAUUCGUAAGUGUUUGUCUACUCUUUCCAGUUGCGGGCAUUCUGUCGGAUUGGUAUGGCCGACGAACCAUCAUGACGAUUGGUGGGAUCCUAUCUGGAUUGGGGGCACCCUUUCUCAUCAUGGGCAUUGCACAAGGAUACCCAACCAUGACAUUUGCUUCCCAAUCCAUAUUGGGCGUUAGCCUUUCCUUUUGGGGAGCCCCCAUGAUGGCGUGGUUGGUGGAAAGUUUUCCGCCGGAAAAUAGGUUGACUUCGGCGGCUGUGGGAUACAAUAUUGGACAAGCCUGCGUUGGUGGAGUGACUCCUGCACUUGCAACCUUUUUGGUUGAUCGAUAUGAUGAUGGUGGUGGGUACUACUUAUUUUCUACAGGAGGGGUCACUGGAUUUCUAAUCACUGCACUUGCGAUGAUCUCCUUGUUGGGACUCUGGGUCAUUUCUCCGCAACCGUCACUAGUGCAAUUAAUGCCACUAUUGUUACCAGUCAAGAAUAACGUCGACUGUUUAAAGGAAGAGAACUCUCGACUGUUGCAAAGCAUGGAGACUGCCGAGACUUUGGAUUCCUGCUCCAGUGCCUGGCCGAACCAUUAA